AUGUUGAACUGCGGCCUCACGUCAUCAGUGGCGCGCGCUUCGAGCCUUGCUCUCCUUUGGAGCAUCAUUCCAGCCGCCCGCAGCCACGCCAUUCCACAGAAGACACAUACCGUCGAGCUUCGAGAGCUCAAUGUCUUGCCAUGGCCUCUCCCGACGGUGAUGCCCGAGGCCAACCACCUGCUUGGACGACAACUCAACACAGUCUGCGGAUAUGUAGGAGGGAACCCUGAUCUACCGGCCACCUGCUCUGCAGGUUCGCACUGCGCCAUUGAUGUCGAGCAUGGAGUUGUUGGCUGCUGCCCCGACGGCGGCCCUUGUACGCAGGGCGUUUAUACUGGAUGUGUCGACGGCAACAGCGAUCCCCAGACGGAAAUCAACCCUUACGUUUAUACCUGCGGAGGUGGGAAUGUGUGUUAUCAGAACCAGUUUGAUGGCGGCUACCACCAGUAUGGGUGCGGGUCGGCAUCUGACCUGGCGACGACGGUCGCCAUGUCUGCGUCGGGCAAACAAACGCUGGAUCUGACGAGCAUUAGUCUCGAGUUUACUGCGACUGCCACUUCUCUCUCAGAACCGACAACCCUCGGAACCAAGUCUUCGUCCAAGUCGGAUUCGAGCACUACGAGUUCUUUGAAGACAACUUCUUCGAAAACGAGUUCCACUGGAACGACUGGAUCGAGCUCUGACUCAAACCCUACUUCAACAGGCGGCGCCAAUGGCGGAGAUGGUGACAAGGACAAUGCUAAUGACGAAGCACCAAAGGACAGCAAUAAUUCGCCUCCUAUCGGUGCCAUAGUCGGCGGCACUGUUGGUGGUGUCGCCCUGAUCGCGCUUCUAGCCCUGCUCGCCAUUUUCCUUAUUCGAAGGAGAAAGGAACCCUUGCACGACGGGCCACAGAGAGAGCCCAAGUUCUCAAGUUCCGAUGAUUCUGACAACACGAAUGUCUUCACGCCUCUGCACCCAACCCAUGAACUGGACCGCUCUUACGCCCAAACCUACAUGAAUCCUGUAUUACCAGGGGAUGCUGUUUACGAGAAAAACCGGCAUCACCCAGGCAUGGAGCCCGUGCGAGAGGUAUCACCAAAUGACUACGUUUCGCCAAUUACGAUUGAUGAGCAAGUAAUGGCUGGUGGCCGAGGACGCGAUAUGGAAACGGAUCAGCAGCCCUUGAGAGAACCGGAGAACGCCUUCGGCUACAACGGGGCUUUGAGCGCAAUCUAUGAGCUGGACGACGACCCGCAAGGCACCUUGCAAGCGGCGCAAAACCGUUCGGUUCAACCUGAAGGUCCUUUGAGUGAACCCCAAGACCAUGACCCCACGAACGAUUCAUAUGAGAGUGCCAUCGACCCCUACACUAACCCUUACCGAGGCCGACGGGGCACUGAUUCUGGGUCCUUUUGGCAGCAAAAUCGCAGGACCACAAAAGAUGAGUGGAUAUGA